AUGAAGCCUGUGAGCUCUCCUCCGCUUCCUCCUCUCUCCUCCGCCGCCGAGAAGAAGCGGUGCGCGAUCCUCCAUGACACCUCGUCGAUCGAAUCUAGUGUAGAAAUGUACGCGCGCACGGCGAGCACAGCGACGACUACGAGCACGACGACGAGCGCGGCGACGAGCCACCACCACCGAUCGAAGAAGCGGCGGGCGGAGCGCGUGUUUGGGAUCCACACCUUCGGCGAUCCGGGCUGCCCGGCCGACUACGAUGGCGCAUUCCGGGACAACAUCCGGGCAUUCCUCUCGGAUUGCGCGGAGAUGGAGCCCUACACGGUGGAGGGAAUGCCCACCUGGUCACUGCUCCUCGAGGACGACAGGAAUCUCUCCUCGGGGCGCUUGAAUCUCCUCAUCAUGGAGGAGAGCACGGCCAAUUCAAUGCAUCCACACUGCGACCACUGCCGCUGCAUAGGAUGGAGCCACCAUCCCGUGUCGAUCCGGCGCUACCACUUCAUCAUCCCCGGGCCAGAGAUCGACGACGAGGCGGCCGCGACGCAGAGCAGCAUUCUCGAUCUCCAGGACCAUCUCCUCCACGGCCUCCUCCACUGCAACGGUUAUGGCCAUCUCCUGCGCGUCAAUGGCCGCGAGAAGGGAUCCAAGCUCGCGUCGGGCCGGGAGAUCAUGGAUCUCUGGGACCGAAUUUGCGCCAUGCUGCGCGCCAGGAAGGUGAGCGUGGAGGACAUCGCCAAGAAGAAGGGACUGGAGCUCCGGCUGCUCCACUGCGUCGCGUAUGGCGAGUCGUGGUACAGCCGCUGGGGCUACAAAUUCGGGCAUGGCAGCUUCGGGAUCACGCAGCAGAUGUACUCCAAGGCGAUCGAGGCCAUCCGGGGGAUGCCGCUCUCGGUGAUGAUCCAGCAUUUCGACGGCGUGGACGCCGAGGUCCUGGAGAUCGUGUCGCUCUACCAGAAGAUGAGCGGCCAGGCCCUCCAGACGGUGGGCGAUCUCGUGCGCUUCAUGGUGGAGCUCAAAUCCCGGCUGCCGCUCACCGCCACCGCCGCCAAUUCCUCCUCCUCGUCGCUGCUCCAGCCCGCCAAGCAUCAGCACCAGCACCAGCAGCUCCAGCUCCAGCAGCACCACGAACCAUCGCGCAAGAGCAGCAGCCCGAAUUCCAAUCCACUGUCACCGCCGAUCUCCUCGUUCUCGCUGGGCGCGGCCUUCUCCUCGGACAUGCCGUGCCGGUGGAGCAUGAAGCGGCUGGAGCUGGCGACGCAGGUGAUCGUGGAGGCGCUCAAGAACUGCGACAAGAAGUGGAUGCCGCGGCAAGACGUGCGCGACGCCGCGCGGGUCUACAUUGGUGACACCGGAUUGCUCGACUUCGUGCUCAAGUCGCUGGGCAACCGCGUCGUGGGCGGCCACGUCGUGCGCCGCGCGGUAAACCCCAUCACCAAGGUGCUCGAGUACAGCCUCGAAGACGGCGGCGAGGUGGCGGCGGCGGUGGCGGCGGCGGCGGUAUGCGACAUCAGCCGCGGCGACGUGCAGCGCGACAUCGUCUACAUGUACAAGAACGUCCUCGAGAGCUACAAGCCGGCCAGCAAGCGCGGCGGCGGCAAGAGCAUCCUCACCGCGCUGCCCACCGCCAGCCGGAUCAUCCUCGACACCAAGCAGCUCAUCCGCGACUACUGCGGGCACAAGACGCGCAAGGCAGCCGCGGCGGCGUGGGAGGCGGUGGUGGUGGACGACGACGAGAUGCUGCGCGUCAUGUGCUGCGUCAUACUGCGCGACUCGGACCCGUGCCGCAACCGGCCCAGCCCGCCGCCGGAGCUGGUGGUGCUACCGCCGCACGCCACCAUCGGCGACCUCAAGCUCGAGGCCCAGCGGGGGUUCCGCGACACGUACCACAUAAUGCGCGGCUUCCGGGUGGACACCAUCCCGGAGCUGGAGGGCGACAACGAGGACCUCCUCUUCGGGGCCAUCGAGUCGGGCUCCACGCUGAUCGUCCAAGGGUCCGGGGUGGACGUUUACAACGAGUGGCGCUACGAGGGUGGCAACGAUAGCUGGAUCGUCGACUGCCCGUGCGGCGCCAAGGACGACGAUGGCGAGAGGAUGAUCGCGUGUGAUGUGUGCGAGGUGUGGCAGCACACGCGGUGUGGCGGGAUCGCGGACCCGGAUCCCAUCCCGGCGCGGUUUCUCUGUGCCAGGUGUGGCGAGAGCCUCUUCUCGGAGCUCAGAUACUCGUGAUCGAUCGAUCGGUCUCUCCAUGAUCGAUCGAUCGUAUCGGCUAUAGCCUUGGCUCACAACGCAAGUAAGCUCCUUGGUUUUUCGCGAUC